AUGGCUGGUUUGCAGAAUGGCUUGCACGAUAAACGUGCUCAUGUGCUGCUGCGUGUUCUGCAGACGAUUGAGACCAUUCAGCCCCUGACAUUUGCCUUGGAGAAUGUCAAACCAUUAGCGCGGCACAAGAUGUUCAAGCUCCUCUUUGAUUUCAUUUUGGCUUUCCUACGUUCCAUCGAAGAUGCAAAUGGCGAGAAAGUGUACCAAGUGGAAUGCAAGGUUCUUGACACAAGCGUUGUAGGUGGCUUGCCCCAAGCGAGCGUGUCCAGUUUGCUGGACUGCACAGAAGUCUCUGACUUACACCACGGCGUGACCACGGAGAAAGGCAAAGCAAGGGUCCAGCAGCACCUGGUGUCAGUCGCCAAAAUGAUCCAGGAUUUCAUUCUGAAGUGUUCUGCCACGAAGGCGUCACAGGAUGCUGUGUGGUGCGCCGAUGUCGGGUGCAGCUUGAAGCGCGGCGCGACAGCCCUGCCUGAAAAGUCACCGACGUUGACGCACAGUCGGUGCAAGUCUGGAGGUCACAUGUUGCUACCCAUGCAGCGGCACAUGACUUUGAAUGAAAUUGAAGAACUUCAGGGGUUUCCAGGAGGACAUUUACGGAUCCCUGCCGGAGUCAGCAAGAAGAAGUAUGCAGGCAUGCUUGGCAACGCUUUCACUGUCAGUGUGAUCGGCAGGGUUGCGUUGAAUUUGCUGAAAAUGGUCGGCAAGGGACACAAGGCCCAAGUCAUGGAGGAUUUACUGCCAGAGCACAUGGAUGUGGAACAAUGCGUGCAGGAGGCCUUGUGGACAGUUGGGGGCGCCCCGGACUGUCCAGAGGAAUUCGUGCCAGAGCAGAUCGAGCCUGUGACAGACUUUGGCAAGAAAUGGAAAAGACUUGGGCCCAGAUGGGUGGCACAGUACCCUUGGCUACACUGCACAAGGAACCGAGCUGGAGAAGUGAACAGUGUGUACUGUAAGGCAUGCAAGCUUCAUGGCAAGUUCCACGCUGAGUUUCGAACAGUGUCCUCGUUGCAGAAGGCGCACUUCGAUAAACCUGAGCGAGCUAAGAGCCACAGGAUAGCAGUUUCUGAUCCUGACGUUCGCUUGGCCCUUGUUGCCCCUCCAGUUGCUGCUUUCGUGGAAGCUCUGCGUUUAGUCCGCCAGGGUAAAGCAGGUUGUGGCCCACAGCUGCGGCAAGUUCAUGCUUUGGUGGGGUGCCAAAAGCUUGAAGAUUUUGACUCCCACGGCAUUGCCAAAUGUGUCUUGCUGAUGUUGGCGGAUUUGUGCUCACCAUUCAAGCACAGCGAAUCCUUUGAAAUGAGCCAGUCGCUGAAUGAAGAUGUCACCUCCAUGGACAAAGCUUUGUUGGCCCAUCUCUUUGAGAUCACAGAGGUCUUCAACGCAGACGCAGCUGCAGAUGAGCAAUUGGCUGGCCAGAUCCUUGAAUCUGGUAAUAAUAGAUUCCUGGAGGCUUGCCCCGGAACUUGUCCUGCCUUGCUUGAAGCUAUGGAUGUGAACAUGGCUACAUUCUCACAAGUGUUCCCAAACUUGAAGGUCAUCAACAAAGACAAGCCCCAUGCCGCCCGUAGGAUUGUCAGCCGGACAUGGAAAUGCGACCGUGUCCUCGACCAAAUUGUGAAGAAAGUGUUCAUGGACACCGAUGGCAUUGUGCAACAGAUUCAUUUCUCCGAUGUGUUGCGGUCCAUGUAUGCCCAGAACGUUCGAGCCAUGCAGUUCACCCCCUUGUGGAAUGAGAUUUCGGACAAAUUUUCUGCAGCGAAGCACCGAUUCGAUUCGUGGAGCAUGCCCUUUGCUAAAGUUUGCCUCACGUUAGAUGCUGUGAUCCGAACAGCCCAGUCUGCCCAUGAAGAGAGGAAAAAUGAAAAGGUUGGCCACGCAGCUCGGACAUUCUUAGACCUUCUGUCUGAGGAAACAGUUUUGCUCAUUGGGAUGCUUGCUGAUGCUGGAGAGGAAAAUCUGCAGUUGACCAGGCGCUUGGAUUCUGAGAGAACCACGUCAGGAAGCCUUGCCAUUGCAGUGCAGCAGUUUGUCAUGAAGUUGGAGGUGCUGUUUCUGAAAGGAGCAGUCGUGAAGACUGGCUACACAGCCCACCUUUUGGACCAAUUGCAGAAGCCACGGACGAUAUACAUUGACAAAGUGGCCAAACGGCUCGGUGGCUUGCCCCAGCCGCAGAUGGCGACGGUCGUUUACCGAUGCUUGAAACGCUUUGCUUCCUGGGUGCAGCUAGCGCAGGAAGUGGUCGCAACGGAGUUUCCAGCGUUUGAGAUUUUGCAGUCUAUGUCCAUUUUCCAUUUGGAAUCGUUGAAUGACCAAGUGCACAGAAGAGACGACCACAGGACUGAAGCACGAGACGUUAGCGAUAAGAUCCACAAAGUGUCAAACGUUUUGUCCUUGGAUGAGUGCGCGUUGUCAAGCCAGUUUGCAGACUACCACCCUGUAGCUCAGCACAAGUUUGAAUCCGCUGCAGACAUCGAACCAGUGCUGGCCUGGAAAGCAGCUUUGGAUACAGUUCUGGAGGACAAGCGAAAUCUCCAGCACCACCCCCAAGAGGAACUCAGGCAGGCUCUGAGUAGAGCUAUUGGCUGGGGCUGCUCCAGUUCGGGUGUGGAGCAAAACUUUGCAGGUGUCCGAACAUUGACAAAAAGCAAAGGAAACAUGACCGAAGUGAACCUGAGGGAUGAAAUUUUCCUCUUGACCACACAAAAUUGGACCGAAACUCAAGACCAGGAGUUGGCAAAGGCUGCUGCGGUGAUUUGGUCUCAACUUUUUGGGACAGUGAAAGCAGCAAGUUCCAAAGACUCAGUCUUAAGAUCUGUAGCAGCGCAGCGUGGGUGGAAGAAAAGGGCCAGAGAAGGCACAUGGCAAGCGCCUUGUCUCAAAACUAGUUUCAUGUGCUCAACACUCAAAAUUUAG